CUCAGCUGAGUCAGCCUGAAAUCGUAUUGGUCUGAACGGCUACGUUGUCCUUUCCUAAAGUGUGCAUUGCUUUGGACUUGAAGGCUAAAUAAUGGCAAAAUCUCAAGAUAGCUACGACAGCACGGACCAUUGGAUAAAUGCCCAGUCUCUGCACAGACAGGCGCUACUACAGCCGCCCCAAGUGGCAACUGAAAGAAGCAUCUUAGCUCUGCACCCUCAGUCGCCCGCUGAGGUGCUGCUCAAAAACCAGUACAUACCACUGACAGCCAAUGUCGUCGACCCUGAUGAAGAGGAGCACAUGGGUAGCGAAGGGGACGGACAGUGCUUGGGCGACGUUAUCUCAACGCUGCUGAGUUGUUCCGGGGACACCCCGGUGGCCGACCCGCGGCGAGUGGUAGUGUUGACCGGGCGCGCAGGGGCAGGGAAGAGUGUGUCCGUGGAGAAGUUGGCACAAGACUGGGCCAGGAGACAGGUGUUGCAGGGAUAUGAGCUGGUCCUGCCUGUGUGUGUCAGCGAGUGUGUGGCCAGAUGGGUGACGAAAGGUCACAGGGACACCACCUCCGUGAGCGGGAAGGAGGAGGAGGGGACGCAAAACUGCUCACUGUCACUGGAAGAUCUUCUAAUGUUGGCUCACCCCCAUCUCUCCUCCCCUACUGUUUCUUACAUUCUAAACGAAACAUCUCCAUCCCAAUCUAACCCACGACUCCUGCUUCUUUUGGAUGGGCUCCCUGAAAUCGACGAGCUCUUUCUCACCCCGGAGCUGCCUCUCUGCUCUGACCCCCACAAGACUGUGCCCCUUGCUCACCUGCUCUCCAGCUUGGCACAGGGGGCACUGCUGCCCCACGCCUCCCUCCUCAUAACCUGCAGACAGGUGCCAGACAUGAACGACAUGCCCCCCAGUGUCCAGUUUGUGGAAGUGCAGGGCUUCUCGUCUUCUCAAUGCCAGCAGUUCUUCCAGCAAUUCCUCAGCCAGGGUGGGUGUGAGGAUGAGACCCUGGCCUCUAGGCUGGCCCAUCUCUGUGACACCGUGUUGGGUGUGGAAACCCUCUGCAGCCUGCCCCUCUUCUGCUGGAUGUUGGCCAUCAUUGGUAGCACCUUGCAGAAGUCUGGAGCGCCUUUGCCAGAGACCCUCACAGAACUGUGGGUUCAUAUCACAUCCCUCUGCCUGUCUCCCACCACCACCACCACCGUUCCAACACGGGCACCUGGACCAGUGCUGGUACCCAAGGCCCGCAGCUUGCUGCAGGGUCUAGUCAAGCUGGCACGCCUCUGCUUGGAGGACCACCAAAGCUUCUGCUCUCAUGACCACCUGGUCUCUCACAACAUGGAGCAGUUCCCGUCUUCUCCACAGCUCCAGACCUUCCUGAAGGAGGGCUACGACGCCCACGGAGCCCAGAUGAUCCUCUUCCGAUGCCAACCGACGAUGCAGUUUCUCAUGGCUCUGGGCUUCUUCAUAGAAGAGGACAGUGUAGCGCUGAGCAGUCUCACCAGCCUUGAGGGGAAGCUCAGGGACCUGGAGGAGGACGCGGGGAUGAUGGAGCCCUUGAGACUUGUGUUUGCAGUGGGGCUGUCUGAGCCAUCCCAGCGUGCUGCGCUGCAGAGUAUGCUGGAGGCUGGACACGCACGGGACCAGGGAGCAGAGAUGCAACGUUGGCUUGAGAGCCACACACAAAAAACCCUGCCCGGAUACUCCAAGGAGAAACACCUGCAGUGCUUCCACCUGCUGAGGGAGACUCAGAACCAGGCGCUGGUCAAACGGUGCCUGAGCAGCCCCGGGGUGAGGCUGGGCAUGAGCUACGGUGGCCUGGGAAGGUCGGACUGUGCAGCACUGAGCUACGUGUUGAUGUGUGUGGGAGAGAUUCAGCAGCUGAAUCUGUACAGCAGCAGGAACCUGACCAGUGGUCACACCUCACAGCUCAUCCCCGUGUUCAAGAUGGCGCCCACCAUCAUUCUGUCUCAGAGUGAGUUGUCUCCAGAGUGCCUGUCUCACCUGGCUGAGGGCCUGAGGGGCGGGGUCACCACCCGGCUGGACCUGUCCUACACCAAACUGGGGGACGAGGGGCUGAGGACGCUCUGCCCCGCACUCACACACUCCUCACUGCACACACUCAGUGUUCCUGUGUGUGAACUCUCGGCCGCGUGCUGUAAAGACCUGUCUUCAGCUCUGGCGGUGUGUAGCACACUACGUGUCCUGGACCUGCGCGGAAACAAGAUCACAGAUGAAGGACUAGCACUGAUCAGCAAGGCACUCCAGAACCCACAGUGUGGACUACAGGAGCUCAGUCUUGACAUGUGUGAUAUCAGCAGCAGCUCCAUGGCUGCUCUCUCUGAGGCCCUGGGCAGUGGCCACUGUGCUCUGCUCUCCCUGGACCUGAGCAGGAACAACCUGGCUGACGCUGGACUCACCUCCCUUUCGCACGGCCUCAGCAGCCCUAGCUGCAAGAUUCACACACUCAAGCUUAUGGGGUGUGACCUGACGGGCUCUUGCUGUGCUGCUCUGGCCAGCGUGUUGCGGUCAGGAGGCUCUCUGGCUGAGCUGGACAUCUCUGUUAAUGAACUAGGCCAGCAGGGGGCACUAACACUCUGUGAGAGCCUCAAGGGAACACAGGCUCCACUCACCAGCCUCAACAUGACUCGGUGUGAGCUGACCUUGGCCGUGUUCAGCGUCCUUGAGGAGGUCCUGAGAGGAGGGUCUAAGCUGCGUGCUCUGGCUCUAGGCCUGAACGAGGUGGGCGACCGCGGGGCCAAGCACCUGUGGGGAGCCCUGAAACAUGCACAGUGCAGCCUGCAGGAUCUGGAUCUUGAGAUGAUCGGGCUGACUGAUGAGUGCGUGGCGGAGCUGUGUGAGGCGGUGAGGGCCCACGGCCGUCUGAAGAGCCUGAUACUGAAGAACAACACCCUGACGGACAGCUCUGUGGAGCCCCUGGUGCAGCUGGCCAAGGCCUGCCCUGCCAUGAAGGAGCUCAAUCUGCAGUAUAAUGACCUGAGUGAGGAUGUGUUUGAGCUGAUGGACAGCUGCUCCAGGAUCAGAUACUGAAGCCCCUGGGAACACUGCAUGCUGCGGAGACGAGACGCAUCCCUCUUUUAAUAUUGCCGUUUUUGUAUCAGUGUCCUCGGUAGCAUUAUUGUCUUCACCAGGCCUGGAUUAAUGAACAGACUAGAUAUGGCUGAAGCCUAGGGCUCCCCACCUGGCCUCAAGUCAAACUUGUGACAAGAUGUGCUAUUGAAAAAUUAAUCUGGUUUGUCGAGUUUAGUUUUAAAUCUUAUUACCCCUCUCCACAGUUGGCCGACAUGUUAUCCUUAAUUCAUAUCUUGUAAUUAUGAUACUGUCUGUCAUUUUAUUGCACAAUUUGCCUUCUGGAGAGCCCCACAGCUAAUAGCCUAUGGACCCCAGGCCAUCUCAAUCAGGCUCUGGUCUUCACUACUACCUUCAUUCAUUUAGCAUGCCACAUGUUCUUUUACUUCGUUAUCCAUCAGAUUUCAAGCCUAUUGACAAGAUGUGUGUACUGUGUAGGUACACAGUUGAAAAGUAUGCAUUAUGUCCCUAAAAACACCAAAAUAUUUGUCCUAUAAUUCACAGUAUUUCAGUCUAAAAUGCCCAUGUUUGUGAGUGCUUUAAUAAAAGAAUUCUAGUUUCAGUAAAGCUUGUCUUUUCUUGUUAAUCUCACCAUUAGUCAGUACCAUGACAAGACAUAAUAUUUUAUUAUAUAUAUUUUUAUUGGCCUCAUACAGUACAUUUAUAUCACAGUCAUUAAAAUUAAAGACAUUGUUUUUUUGUUUGUUUUUUUAAAUGGCACCAGGACGGAAGGUCAUAUUUAAGGCCAAAAGGCACAGUGGUUGUGAUAGGCCGACAUCAUCUCGUGAUUCUGGCUUAAUAGUGCUUGUCUUAGGCAGGCAAGGGAGAUAAGACCACACCAGCACUGGCAGGCAAUAUUUGUGCGUUAAACAGCUGGUCAGUGAUCUCAAGGCAACAAGUGAUGGGGGUACCUGGAUUAUGAAGUCUCUCAUUCUCUCAGAAACACACAGGUGUAAACACACUUUUUAAGGAACAUACUGUAACAGCUGCGUCAGACACACACGCGCGCACACACAACCCAUUCGGAUGGAUUUGCACCUGUACUUUGGUUUGCCGUGACACGAUUGUCAAAUACACACAGCUUCAGUCAACAGCCA